AUGGAGGUGGUUGGCGGCGAAUGGUGUUGGGGAAUGGAGAUAGUGGCAGGAGGAGAGAUAAAGAAAGAUUUUGGGUGUGUUCUUAAGCGGAUGGUGGAGAGCAACGACGGUGGCAGGCGGAUGGUGGUUGUAGAUGGAGAUGAUGGCAGACAGAUGGUGGUGGUGAACGUCGUUGGUAGCAGAUGGAUCUUGAUGGUGAACGAUGGUGGGAUAUGUUGGGAGUUCUUGAGAGGGUGGCAUUUGUUUUCUUCUGCUCUCUCUCUUUUCUGUAAAUGGUCUUUUCAGCUCAUCAUCAUUACUCUAUCCCGUCGACACCCUAUCGGAAUCAUGGAGAAUUACAUGAACUGGGUACAAGGAAUGGCCUCCGCAGCUGCUUUGUUACUCCUUAUCGGCUUCCUUUGCUGCUGUCUCAUUGCCAAACCUCGCCCACAUGGUGACCUGCGUACAAGCACUGGUGCUUGCUCCUGUGAUGGGUUCGUUUGAUUAUUCUUCAUCCUUUUUGCCUUGCGAUAUACGUUUACUUCAUUCUUUGUAGGUCUAACUCUAGACUCUUUUGUAAAAGAAAGUUUCUUCUGUUGAUAUAUCAAUAUGAUAAUGCUUUAUUCUUUCUGAAACAUAAUUAAGGUUUUUGAUAGUCGAUCUUCAAUGUUAUAUUUUAUUAUUUUAUAUCCCGGAUUACAUGUAAUAGCUAGUUAACGUUUUUCGUAUAUUGCGUGGACCAAUCCUAGCAAAGACCAUUAACAACCCUUAUUUUACACAAAAUUGUAUAAACAUAUUCAUCAAAUAAAUAAAUAGGUGUAUUCCUCUUUAGUUAACUUUCAU